GGAUACGGGCCCUGAGUAUACUUUUGUACAUUAAAACUUUGGAUCGGAUUUGAUUGGAUGUGUUGGUGUAGUAUACACGGAUGCACAAUUUCUUAUCUAAACAGUAAAUAAAAAAGAUGUUUUUUGUUUCUUGCAGACUUUUCCACGACAAGCCUAUCGUAAGAGCACCGGCACCGCUUGAUUUUGAAGUUGAACCCAACUUGAUUGGUAAGCCACAGAAAUUCCACAAACCUGCUGUGAACAUUUCUGAUCGUCUACCAGCUGUAGAAGAACGUCGAGUGGAGGAUUACCCAGAAGAAGUUGACAGAGAAGAGCUUGAAGAAUUGGCUAGGAUAUUCCGGUGGACGUCUACCACCAGAGCUGCCACUGAGGAAGCCUGUUUACCUGUCAUUGAGAAACCACUUCUACGCCAAACAUUAGAAGUAAACGCCGACUUGGCAAUGAACAAACCGAAGCGAUACGAAUCUACGCCACGACUUUGGCAGCGCGUUGCGCCACGUUGGGAACAAACGCAGGAGAGAUCGGAAGUACCGUGCAUAUCGACACGAAAAAUGUGGACUACGAGCACCGAUUCAAAUCCAGAAAACACGCCAAAGAAAUACAGCAGUAAGGUAACCAUCAGCGAGGAAACAUAUCGUCUUGCCAAAGAGAAUAAAUUGACAUCAACCUUUGUUCGUCAGGCACCGGGUUAUGCAGGCUUUGUGCCCCGUACACCACUGGAGAUUCCGAUGGCAAGGGCCAAAACACCAGCCUACAAACCAUGCAGUACUAUGAGAAAUUCAUUCAGACCAUUCCCAGCGGAAACACUGUGCCGUUUACUAUACUACAGGAGAGGACCUUUGUCGAAAACAGUGACGUUAACAUAUCCAUUUAACCCAUUCAGUAAAGUUGAACAACGCGCCUUUUUGCGGAACCACGUAGGCCUAGAAAGGACAUGGUAGGCUUUUCAGGAGGGAAAACUUAACGUGAACUUUAAAUAAUAAAAAUAACUCACUAUUACGGUAUCAAUCUUAAGCUGUUUAUGAAUGGGUUGCGGUAAAGAAUUGUCUUUCAGACUGGGCUAAAUGCCGCCUGAAGAAAAAGUUUUGUAAGAGGACAUGAUCACGAGAACAUUAAAAUAUUCAAUGUUAAUAUCGUGUUAUAUUUUCAACAUAAUUUCGAUGUUUUAUGGAUCUAUAUAUAUGGAUAUUACUAUAAGGAAGUUAUCCCCAAGAUCGGUAUAUGAUAUAUUUGAUUUUUCCGGAAUGAUCAUACAUAUCAUAUAGGAAGGUAGUAUGUAUCGAUAACUAUGCCAGUUAAAAAUAUUGGAUACACGCAUGAGUAAACAAUGUCGAAUAUGUAAAUAAAACGAAGUCUUUUGAUAAAUAUUGGAAAACAGUGAACUACGCUUGUGUUGGCUGCUGGCCAAAUAUUGCUUCCAUGUUUCAUGCAUUAAGUACGCCAUAUGGGGUUCUACUCUGAUUUUCAAUUGUACGCUAUUGUUUGUCCUGAUUUUAGAAUAUAUCCCAGUCAUGCAUAAACCAUGCCAUGGCGUAAAAACAUUUUUUAACGCAGUUUUGUUCGUGGUGCCCAGAAGGGCGUUGAUGGUGGGGGAAAUCACCCCGUCUGACAUGUACCCCAACCCCUGGCGUCGUCCAUUUCGUCUUAGGCCUAACUUUGUACCCUUGUAAACAUUGUAUUAUCUAACCAUCUCUGUUGACGCAUGUUAUUUCAUUGAGUUAAUUCAACGAGGAAAUAUUUUUAUUACCAAUUUAACAGAUGCAUUAUUAUGUGACUUUUCACAUCAUUUAAUGUAACAAUAAAAUACAGGCAUAAAAUAAAACAAUUAAAAUUA